GACGAAGUUUUGUUCGACGAUUCGGUAGAAACCCGACACAUGGAACUAUUCGGAAACGAAUCGGGGUGACUCGGCUCUUAUCUUCAUUCUGUUAUCUGUUGCCACAGAAACAAGUUCGUUUUCGAUUAAUUGUUAAAUUCUAAUUCAUUUUUGUUGGAAGAAAUUGUGUUUUGUGUUUUGAAAAUGGCAGAACCAACUCAACCUGAAGUCAUCGCAUUCAAGCCGAAGGACAAGCGAGUCACACAAACCGAACGGGCUGGCUUGACUUUCCCGGUUGGCAGAAUAAACCGGAAAUUGCGAGAAGGAAAGUAUGCGAAAUUAAUCGGAAGAGGAAGUGCGGUAUACUCAGCCGCGGUACUAGAGUACCUCGUUGCUGAGGUAUUGGAAAUGGCUGGCAAUGAGGCCAGUGACAAUAAACGCAAGCGCAUCAAUCCCCGCCAUAUAACGUUGGCCGUGAAAAACGAUGCUGAGCUCAGCGAGCUGCUGAAGGACGUAACAUUCUCGGAAGGUGGAGUCCUGCCAUUCAUCCACGAAGUGCUGAAACAUAGAAUCAGCCCACUCAGAUUGUCCAAGAAGUCGUUGGAAAUGUCGUCACAGAAGUCGACGAAGAAGUCGUCACAGAAAUCGUCACAUAAGACAUCGCAGGAGUCUCGGUCGUCUCCGGAAUCGUACAAGGAAAGUGUCGAACUUUGAGAAGUUCAAUUUUGUAUUUUCGUUAUUCUAAAGCUGUAGAUUCGUCUGUUAAAUGAACUAAAUUUUCGUUGUAAAUAAACGGGUGAAA